AUGCGGCGUUUCUGUUUCGCCGUACUUGCAGGCACGGCUGCCGCCGUGCCUGCGCUCUUCACAGAGGCACAAGCCGACGCCAACAAGAAAUUUUCGGCCGUCGACUGCUCGGAGCAGAUGAACAAGGAGAGAGAACCUAUGGGAUUUCCUAAGUUUACUGCCCUAGAUACAUCAAAACCGUCUUCUGCAAUUACAGCAGUCAAAACGACUGAGCUUUGUGCUAGUAUAAAAGCGGGUACGGAUCCUGGUAUAUGGCUAACAACAACUGAGGCUGAUGUGACUAUAGCAGCAGCAAUUCAAAGCUCAGAAACAGGCGAUUGUGCAGCAGCAACAAAGCAAUGGAAGGGAGCACUAAAGACAGUAGGAGAUUCUUUACCACCUGCCUAUGCACCCGGAAAAGACAUAUACGAAAGUCUGGAUGUUGUAUCGUUAAUGAGUCUUUAUACACCUAAAGAUGGAGUAGCAGUCGCAUGCACUGUCAUACAAUGCCCACAAAAAAGCCCUUCAGCAGAUGGAAGCACCAGUGGUGACAGCAACACCAACACCGAACCGAGCAAACCCCAAGUCCCAACAGAACCUCCCGCCGACGGCAGCGGUGGCGGCAGCAGUGGUGGUAACGGUGAGGGUGGCGAAGAAGAUUUAGAGAAGGAGAAGGGAAAAGGCGAUGUAUCGAAGCUACAACAAGCCGAGGGUUCAGCGCCAGUAACAGCAUCAGCAGUAACAGCAGGAGCAGGAGGAGGGGCAGCAGUACCAUCACCACCACCAGCAGCAGCAAGAGGAGGAGUUAGGGGAGGAAUGACAAUUCGUCGAUUGGAAGAAGUAGAAACGGGGACACAAGGAGAGCCUUUUAAUGCCCUUGUUUGUCUAUUCACACCUAAAACACUUACUAAAGGAACUGCACCUUUCCAGUAA